GUGCAGCAACGGGUUGGACCUGGCCUAAGAUGGGUAGCGUGCUCUUCGCAGCUGUGUUCAUAGCAUUACACUUUGCCACCGGCGGCCUGGCCAACCCAGAUGCGAAGCGCCUCUACGACGACCUGCUGAGCAACUACAAUCGGCUCAUCCGACCCGUGGGCAAUAAUUCCGAUCGCCUCACUGUCAAGAUGGGUCUGCGGCUCUCCCAGCUGAUCGAUGUGAAUCUGAAGAAUCAAAUCAUGACGACCAAUGUCUGGGUGGAGCAGGAAUGGAACGACUAUAAAUUGAAGUGGAAUCCCGAUGAUUACGGCGGCGUGGACACUUUGCACGUGCCCUCCGAGCAUAUAUGGCUGCCGGAUAUCGUGCUCUAUAACAACGCCGAUGGCAACUAUGAAGUGACAAUAAUGACAAAAGCCAUUCUUCAUCACACGGGCAAAGUGGUGUGGAAACCACCCGCCAUUUACAAAUCCUUUUGCGAAAUUGAUGUCGAAUACUUUCCGUUCGAUGAGCAGACAUGUUUCAUGAAGUUCGGCUCCUGGACCUACGAUGGUUACAUGGUUGACUUGAGGCACUUGAAGCAAACUGCCGACUCGGAUAACAUCGAGGUGGGCAUAGACCUGCAGGACUAUUACAUCUCCGUCGAGUGGGAUAUUAUGAGAGUUCCUGCUGUGCGCAAUGAGAAGUUCUACAGCUGCUGCGAGGAACCUUACCUGGAUAUCGUGUUUAACCUGACGCUGCGCCGGAAGACGCUCUUCUAUACGGUCAACCUGAUUAUUCCCUGUGUGGGGAUCUCGUUCCUCUCGGUGCUGGUCUUCUAUCUGCCCAGUGAUUCCGGCGAAAAGAUCUCACUCUGUAUCAGCAUCCUGCUCUCGCUCACUGUGUUCUUCCUGCUGCUGGCGGAGAUUAUUCCGCCAACCUCAUUGACAGUUCCGCUCCUGGGAAAGUAUCUGCUCUUCACCAUGAUGCUGGUCACACUCUCCGUCGUGGUCACCAUUGCCGUGCUCAAUGUGAACUUCAGAUCACCUGUCACGCAUCGCAUGGCACCGUGGGUGCAACGCCUCUUCAUCCAGAUCCUGCCCAAGCUGCUCUGCAUCGAGCGGCCCAAGAAGGAGGAGCCCGAGGAGGAUCAGCCACCCGAGGUGCUCACCGAUGUCUAUCAUCUGCCGCCGGAUGUGGACAAGUUUGUCAACUACGAUUCGAAGCGCUUCAGCGGCGACUAUGGCAUUCCAGCACUCCCCGCCUCACACCGCUUCGACCUGGCCGCGGCGGGUGGCAUUAGCGCCCAUUGCUUUGGUGAACCGCCUCUGCCCUCCUCACUGCCACUUCCGGGCGCCGAUGACGACCUGUUUAGCCCCUCGGGCCUCAACGGGGACAUCAGUCCCGGCUGCUGUCCAGCUGCUGCAGCUGCCGCUGCGGCCGCGGCCGCCGAUCUCAGUCCCACGUUCGAGAAACCCUAUGCCCGUGAGAUGGAGAAGACCAUCGAGGGAUCACGCUUUAUAGCGCAGCAUGUGAAGAAUAAGGAUAAGUUUGAGAGCGUGGAAGAGGACUGGAAAUACGUUGCCAUGGUCUUGGAUCGUAUGUUUCUGUGGAUCUUUGCAAUUGCUUGCGUGGUCGGCACUGCACUGAUUAUCCUGCAGGCGCCCAGCCUGUAUGACCAAUCGCAACCGAUCGAUAUACUCUACUCGAAGAUUGCCAAGAAGAAAUUCGAGCUGCUCAAGAUGGGCAGCGAAAACACCUUAUAGCGACCACUUGGGUUCGCAGCGGGCUGGUGGAAUUUAAUCAUCAGCUCGUUGCGGACCCUGUUCGCCGCUCGCGAUGAUGACCGUGGAUAAUAUACGAUGAGCCACACCAUGAGCAUUUCCUCGGCGUUGUACAACACCAAC